UCAUUUCCAAUAUUCUAACUCAUAUAAACGUGUAUUACAUUCCUUAUUCGCACGUUACCAUUUCCACAGAUCCGAAGAAGUCUCAUAUUAUUAGACAGAAUAUUGCCCUCGCAGAAAGCGUCGCAAACAAAACCAAAAAAACCCACUUGUCCUGGAUAUCCUCCAAAUACAUCCCAAAUUCCCUCUCCAUCCCGUAAGAUGUCGCCUCGGGCAGCCAUCUCGACGUACAAGAUGGAAAACAACUGGGAUAAAAUCAAUAUGUUGCAUCCUUUUUCCUCGUCCAACUCUUCCAUAAGCCCGUCUCGUCGCAAUCUGGCUAAAGCACAGCAUCUCUAGUUGGGCUGUUCCAGAGUAUUUUUAAUCCGAAACUAGUGUAAUGACAGCAAUUUUUAAAUUAUAGAAAUAAACGUUGGUGGAUUGGAAAACGAGCCCGUCAGUUAGUUGUAACGCAAACUGGACGUAGGAGUGAGCGAAAAGCGUGUGGUUUUUCGUCGGAUGCGAAUUUUUGGUUCGGUUCUAUCGGACGGUUCCCAACGCAAACAACAUAUGCGGUCGGAUUUGUGAGUUCGGUGGAUGACACCCUUGAUUUUGUCAAGGUCCCUUGUGCCCACUGUUGGCUGGAAACAUGUAACAACAUUCAUAAAACUGCUUUAUUCGUCUUUUCGGGGAACAACCUUCGCGAUCGAUUUUCAACACCUGAGUGAAAAUGAACAGGAAUUCGAAAAAACAACCGCUUCAGGUAGAUCGCUCGGUCGAUAGAUUUUUCUAAAAAUGUUAUCGGCGAUACGCGUGUAUGCAAAAAUGAGGAUCUGACUUGGUGAAAAUGGCCAGAACGUCUCUUCUCCUGAUCGUGCUGCACCUGGUGUCGCUCAGGAACGUGUACAGUGAAUGUGGAUACUCGGAGGAGAACUCCACCUUCGCGUGCAGCCUCAAGACCUCAAGUAAGGCUGAAGAAGACGAACACGUUAGGUUCAAGAGGAAAGCGUCAGAUAACAGCAUAUCGGACUUGAGGAGGAGGUUGAACAUUGCGAUGAACAAAGAGGAGCCCCUGCAAGCGAAUUCGACCCCCAGGUUGAGCUACAACAGUUCUUCGGCGCACAGCUUCAAGGAUGGACCUAUGUACAUAGGCCUUUCCACGAGUAAAGUCAACGAUGGCAAGAGGCAGAUCUUUGUGGACAAGUUGAGCAGGGUGAUCAAAAAGGGUCCGAGGCAAUUUUUCUAUCAGGGUACGAACACUAACUGUAACUUCGAGGAGGAUUGCUCUUGGACGUGGAGGAAGGACAUUGAAAAUGGGUUUUUUAUUGCCACUACUAGAAGUUACGCGCCAGGUAGCGGAGGACCAAAGAGUGAUGCGAAUGAGAGGGAAGGAGGAAGUUUCUUGCUUCUUCGAGCACCUCAUUCAGAAACGGAGUAUCACUUAACCAGUCCACCUCUAAAAUCAACCAAACCCACCUGCACAUUCCAAGUGUGGAUAUAUCAAGAGCACAUGGAUAAUUCGGAAAUCAGGGUGAUUAUAGAUAAACCGUCUAUGAACAAUCAUACGCAGUGGGUGCUGGGCCAUAUAAAUGGAAGCGAUGACAGAAGAUGGAUGAAAUUUACGAGAUCUAUCGGCAAAGUAUCGGAGAGCUUCAAGAUACUUCUCGAGGUGGUUCCCGCCAAAAACCUCAGCAGUAACGCCACCCUGGCAUUCGAUAAUUUGGCGCUGAUCAAUUGUUAUCCCGAAGACGAUGACACGUGUUCUGCGCCACAUCAUUUCAGAUGCAAGUCAUACCCUCCUUGCAUCAACAACACAAAGAUAUGCGAUAUAACCAAAGACUGCGAGUUUGGUGAAGACGAAAUGCAGAAUUGUGAUCAAAUGCCAUACGGAGCUAGAUGUUCUUUCGAGGAAGACCUCUGCGGUUGGUACAACUACAACGAUGCCUUCCAGUGGGCAAGACAUAGCGGCGCAACGCCUACCAACUCCACGGGACCUUCUACCGAUCACACCUACAUGAACAUCACCGGACACUACGUCUUCGUCAACAUGCUGAAAGACAAUAUGGGUUUCGCCAGCGCGGCCAAAUUGAGAAGCAUCAUAUUCAACCCUCCACCAUCUGUGCAUGGGAAUAUAUCCUCGCAGUACUACAACUCUUGCUCGAUUCGUUUUUAUCUACACCAGACCGGAAAACACAAAAGCGGAUUGUUGCUUCAGGUGACGGAACUCAGACCAAACUAUAACGCACCGAUAGACAUCAAUUGGAGUUACAACGAUUAUGGUGAUAGAUGGGUCAGACAAUCCUUCAUUCUACCAAACAUCACCCACAGAUAUUUCCUGAAUUUCGAGGCCAAGAGGGGACUCAGAUUCAUUAGCGACAUAGCCAUUGACGAUGUUUCUUUAAGUCCAGAGUGUUUCGGAUUAAACAUACCGGCUGAGGAGCUGAAGGGAUACAACUAUUACGACCCAAUGGGCAACCACUUGAUGGGGCGUGAGACUCAUAAAAAUUUCGUGAAUGUAACUCAUUAUGAGAUAACCACUUGUGGGGCGACAGGAAGGUUUGGUCCCACGCCAGGCGACUGUGCGAAGGCUUACAGUAAAACCGAGGUUAAGGUUACGGUGCUGUAUGAGUCCACUUUAGGAGGCAUGCAGAAAUGGAUCGUGCCCUCUGAAGGCUAUUAUACUCUUCUUGCCUUUGGCGCAAGUGGCGGUAAAGGUAGCAGCGCUAUGGGCUCUUCAAGAGGAGCCAUGGUACGCACAGUUGUCCAUUUGAGGGAGAAGCAAGAACUCAUCUUCCUGGUGGGCCAAGAAGGAUCGGAUGCUUGUGAGAAGAUGCUUCACUCACACAGUAACAGCUCUUGCCGACCAAGUACUCAAAACACUCCGAUGAGUCCCACGGAAACAUUCAGAAUGUUCCUCAAUAUGACAAUAAAUGACAGCGGAGGCGGGGGUGGGGGAGCAACUUAUGUAUUUAUGCGUAAUAGAAGCAAGCAGUCUAUACCACUUGUCAUAGCCGCUGGAGGUGGUGGCCUAGGUCUUGGAAGGUUCAUAGAUACCGGAAACCAACAUGGUCAAGCUAUCAACACGUCGAAGGCUCCAGUGCCUGGGAAGAUGUAUGGGAAGGACUCCUCGGGAGCAGGCGGAGGUUGGCAGGGGCAAUUUGGACUGGAGGUUCCAGUUAUGGGUAAAUCACUUCUUGAAGGAGGUUUGGGAGGAAAAGCUUGCUAUAACUCGACAGACCAUCGCGGGGAUGGAGGCUUUGGCGGUGGAGGAGGGGGAUGUCGAAAUGGAGGUGGUGGAGGCGGUUACGCCGGGGGCGAUGCGCCAUCAGGCAACAGUACAAACGGAGGUGGUGGUUUUUCCUUCCUAGACCCCACCAGAUCCAUACCUCACCUAUCUGAUGCUCAUCCAGGCUACAACGCAGGCCCUGGCUACGUCAUGAUCAUUGCCGCCAUCCAAGGGUGCGAUUGCGACUAUAGGUGCGUUGCAUUGGACGUCAAGAGAUCUCAGGUUGCCUGUAUAUGUCCGGACGGGUGGAAGCUGGAUGCUGAUGGGAAGAUUUGCGUUCGUAAGUUUAGACCUGGUCUUGAUGUUGAUUAUCCAUAUGAAGAAGGUCCAGGUCUCUCAGGCGCCAGCUCUAACGAAACACGACUGAUCAUGAUCCUUUGCAUUAUACUGUUUGUUUUGGCCGUCAUAUCCGCUAUCUUCUGCAUCAUGUAUAACCGAUACCAAAUAAGAGCGUCGGGGUUGUUGCAAAGGAAGAAAUUGUCGGGUCCUGACUUGCAGCUCAAUAGGCUCAGGAUGACUUCGGAUGGAAUGAUGACUGAAUAUAAUCCGAAUUAUGAGUUUGGCGGUGUUGUUUAUACCAUAAGGGAUCUCAAGGAUAUACCAAGGGCACAACUGAGGCUUGUCAAAGCUCUUGGUCAAGGUGCAUUUGGGGAGGUUUACCAGGGUUUCUACAGGCAGAGACCUUGCGAUGCUGUGGAGAUGCCGGUGGCCGUGAAAACGUUGCCGGAAAUGUCCACGUCACAAGCAGAAAUGGACUUCCUCAUGGAGGCGUUAAUAAUGUCCAAAUUCAAUCACGCCAAUAUAGUGCAUUUCAUCGGCGUUUGCUUCGACAAACAUCCAAGAUUCAUAGUUUUGGAACUCUUGGCCGGCGGAGAUCUCAAGAACUUUUUGAGGGAGUCCAGACCCAAGGCCGAGAGAGGUAGCUCCUUGACAAUGAAUGAUUUGAUACUAAUAUCGAUAGAUGUGUGCAAAGGGUGCAGGUAUUUAGAGGAGAAUAGAUUUAUUCAUAGAGACUUAGCAGCUAGAAACUGUUUGUUAACAACGAAGGGACCUGGCAGGGUGGUCAAAAUUGCCGAUUUCGGCAUGGCACGAGAUGUGUACAGGUCCGAUUAUUAUAGGAAAGGGGGCAAAGCAAUGCUGCCUAUCAAAUGGAUGCCUCCUGAGGCAUUCCUGGAUGGAAUUUUCAGCAGCAAGACGGAUGUUUGGUCGUAUGGCGUCCUACUUUGGGAGAUCAUGUCUAUGGGAUACAUGCCGUAUACAGGCUGCGCGAACAGGGAGGUAAUGCAGUUGGUUACCAGUGGAGGGAGGUUGGAUCCUCCUGCUAACUGUCCAGGACCGAUCUACGGAUUGAUGACGCAGUGUUGGCAUCCUACUCCCGAGCAAAGACCAACUUUUGCUACUAUCCUUGAGAGGUUAGGCUACUGCGCACAAGAUCCCGAUGUUAUGAAUGCGCCCCUACCAGUUUUUCACCGUCCCCCCUCUGCAGAGAGGGAUAGUACUGUUAUGAGACCUAUGAAUUCUGAUGAUAACUGUUUACAGAUCAUACCGCAAUCUUCUGAUUACCUCAUACCCAAUCACAACACAGUUCCCAAUCCUGUAGGUUCCACAUCUUCUGUGGAAAAGCUUCUUCCGGAAAAUUCGGACAGCUGGGAGACGUCUUUCAUCAUGCCGAAUUCUAAAUCCACCCAGCCACUUUUGACUGAGAACGAGCAGAAUAAGGAUGAAAAUGUAACCGAAUCUCUGGACCUCCUGCUCGCUAUCAACAAUAUACCCAACGUGAAGGUCUCUCCGGUUUCUCUGCCAAGCAACAUACUGAGCAAUCACAACAACAACGUGAAGAGCGAGAGUGCCUCUUUGAAGGCUGGGAUAUCCCUGGAUGCCGGCGCCCUAAUCAAGCAGUCCUCACCUCAGGCCAAGUACGCCAACGUCCCAGCAGGGGGAGCGGGAGUCACAGGAAACGGGGUAGUGGCUAACGGUCUUAAUAUCACGAUAAACGUGAAACCGGCGGGUGUUUUCAGUGACAAAAACGAGAAAAACUGAGCUAGAUGUGAUAACGUGAAUUUUAAUUGUUGAUUUUCCGUUGGUUGAAGGGAUAUAUAUGCCGAAUUACGAGCGUCAUAAUUGACGCGCAAGCAAUAGUUUUCCGUUUAGAAUUUGGAAUUUCCUUCUUCUCUUUUCCGGAGAACAAUGCUCUUUGGUAAAUUCUACCUCUUCUGCAACGUGAAAGAUACUUGACGAAGGAAUAUCGUAUCUUAUUCAAUUCUCUCUCCUCGACUCAAUGUUGAGUUUUCAAGGUUGUGAAUUUUUUAUUAUCAAAACAGAACGGUUGCUAUUUGGCAUACGAAAAUUUCUCACAUUUCAGUAGGUACAACAGUUUUGGAAGUGUGUACUUAAGUAUUCAUGUACAGGAGGAUUCAGAACGAAAGUAAAAUCCAGGUAAAGUUUCAUAAAGUGACAGAGAAACAACUGGAGAAAACUAUUAGGUAUUUGACAGAUUUUGCGGAUUUGCCUUCAUUUUGAAUGAGCCUGUAUAUGUUCGAGCGCCUAUAAUAUUACAAGUUGAUGAAAAGCCGAACAUUAUUUGCCCUUUUUUUUAAACAUAUCUGUUACCGACAUGCCAGCACUCAUUUAG